AUGUGCCUCACUGCAUCUUCGACCUCAGGCCAAGAAGAAGUUGUUCAGCUCAGGCCGACGGGCCCAGCUAAUGUUGAGGAUCUACUCAACCUCGGUGACGCGCUUCUCAGUGUCUUUCCAUGUGAUGAAGGUCUCGAGCUCAAUCUUGUGCUCCAGGUCCCCAUACCCAGAGCGAUCCGCCGGACCCUUGAACAGCGUGGAGAAUUCCGCGGCGGGGAAUAUCUAAAAGCGAGGGGCAUUCGACUGGUUCUCACCGAAGCGAUGGGACAAGAGGUCGAAACUGAGGUCCCUAGGGCAGCAGAGGCCGGCUUAUAUACAGGGGGAGAUAAGGGCAGGCUGUGCGCAUUGGUCUGUGCGCAGCUGGUCCGUGCGCAGCAUGCCGAUGCGGCCCCGGGGGCCGUACAGAGGUUGCGGGUUCAAGCCCGCGAAAAGGAAAAAAUUAAAAAACGGCUAGAUGCCGUACCAACUCGUGACAUGGGGCAUGUCGACUGCAACAUGUUCAUGCGCUAUCUAGGAGGUGGAAUCGGGCAUAAGGGUGCUGGUGCAUUGAUUGCCGCGACAAAGAUUACUCUGCAACAUGCAACAGAAUCAAUGCCACAAGGCGCAAGUGCGGGCUCUGCCAGAGAGGAAGAUGUCGAGAUGGGCGACGAAGAUGACACUUUCGUCGAUGCUGCCGAAGAUGAAGACAUCAUACUUGAAGAAGAGCUCGAGUAUGGAUAUCAACUCACUGAAGAGGAUGGAGAAGACGAGCUUCACGAGGACGCCUUUGGCCCUGAGGAUGGCGAGGACAACUGGGAGGAGAUUUACGAAACUGAGGGGUUCGCACAGCUGUAG